AUGGAGAACAUCCAGCACAGUCACGUAGAAGUGAAGGGACUAAAGCUCCAUGUUGCUGAGAUAGGAAGUGGUCAAAACGCAGUGGUUUUCUUACAUGGAUUCCCAGAAAUAUGGUAUACAUGGAGGCACCAGAUGAUUGCUGUUGCAAAUGCAGGCUACCGGGCUAUUGCCUUUGAUUUCAGAGGCUAUGGACUUUCUGAGCAUCCAGCUGAGGCGGAAAAGGCAAACUUACUUGACCUUGUUGAUGAUAUCUUGGGUAUUGUAGAUUCAUUAAGCAUUAGCAAGCCUGUGCUUGUUGGUAAGGACUUCGGUGCCAUUCCGGCGUAUGUUGUAGCUGCACUCCAUCCAGACAAAGUUACUUCUGUCAUAACCUUAGGCGUUCCUUUCAUGCUUCCCGGUCCCGCUGCUGUUGAGAACCUCCCGAAAGGCUCCUAUGUUAUUAAGUGGCAGGAGCCUGGGAAGGCAGAAGAAGAUUUUGGCCGCUUUGAUGUCAAGUCAAUUAUAAGGAACAUCUACACACUCUUUUCUGGAAGUGAGAUACCAGUAGCAGGUGAUAAUCAGGAAAUCAUGGACUUGUAUAACCCAUCUACACCCCUACCGCCAUGGUUCUCUGAGAAAGACCUGACAACCUAUGCAUCACUAUAUGAAAAAUCUGGCUUCAGAUUUGCAUUGCAGGUUCCAUACAGGACUCUUGGAGUGGAUAGUGGCAUCAGGGAUCCUAACGUCACAGUUCCAGCACUCCUAAUCAUGGGUGACAAAGACUAUGUCUUAAAGACUUCUGGCAUGAAGGACUAUAUCCGAAGUGGGGCAUUGAAACAUUUUGUGCCAGACUUGGAUAUCAUAUAUAUUUCAGAAGGAAGCCAUUUUGUACAUGAACAAUUUCCUGAGAAGGUGAACCAUUUCAUUAUUGAAUUUCUUAACAAACAACGUACAUGA